CCCGGCGAUGACCCCGUCCAGCUGCCACCAGGGCUUCUGGCUCCCGACCCUGCCCGCCUGGCCCCGCCGCUUCCCGGCAGUGCCGGCCUCGCACACCAGCGCAUGGCGGCCCUGCGCGCGCUCCUGCUCCUCGGGCUGCUCCUUACGGCGCGGGGGCAGAGGGCGGCGCAGAGACGGCGGCCGCCCCCUCCCCAGAGUACGCUCGAAAAAGUGGUGGCUCAGGAGGCUCUCAGCCUCCACCAGAUGGUGCCACCCCUGUGCCAUGCAGCUCUCAGGGAAGUGGUUCCUGGUCGGCAUGGCCUCCCGCUGCAGCUACCUGGCAGAGCACAGCCAUCAGCUGGAGGCCACGACAGUGACAAUGACCAUCCCGGAUGGGCAGAGCCUGGCCAUCAGCACCUUCAGGAAGCUGGACAGGAUGUGCUGGGAAAUCAGGCAGCACUACCUUCCCGCCCAGGCCCCCGGACACUUCCUGCUGAAGGGCCAUAGGAAAAGCAGCAAAGUGGAUGUGGUGGUGGGUGAGGCUGACCCCAGCAGCUUCCUCAUCCUCUAUUACCAGAAGGGCCGCAGCAUCUCUGUUAAGCUCUAUGGACGGACCAGCCUGGUCAGUGACGCCAUUGUGGACAAGUUCGAGCAGCGCAUCAGGGCUGUGGGUCUGAGUGAGGAUGUCACCUACUACUUCCCCACCUAUGGUGGGUGGCACACGGUCCUCAGGAAGACCUGUGAUUUUGUGACUCUGCAGAUGAGUUUCACGUCCUCGAUGAAACGAAGCUGUAGGUGCAGAUGGAGUUGCCAGGGGGACCCAGAGCUCAGCCCUCACCUCAGCCAGCUGCCCAUGGCCACACAGACCUGAACUCCUCAGCCCCUCCAGCUGUGCUGGCAGCUGCGUUUGUCCUUGUUCUGUGCCCCCCCAGCUUGUGUCCCCCCUCUGCUCUGUGCUCCACUCUCCUGCAGGACCCAGCAACACCCCAAUAAACACCUCAAAGAAGA